UCAAGUCAGUUUUGGGUUUCUCUAUCGAGGCCAGUCAAAGCUGACGACAAGACAACAUACCUCUGCAACGUUGCGACCGACGCAAGAGCGAGGGCCCCUUAUGAUUUCGGAAGAAGUGGAAUCUCGGACUCAUUGUCUUUCAAUCACUUACCUCUCGGUGACUUUCUCCCAUCUCUCCGGGCGGAAUUCGUCGGCGUCCUUGCCCCAGAUUUCCUUGCUGUGGUGCAUGGUGUAAGCCGGCACGCUCAACACGGUGCUGUGGAUGCGAAGGGUUUCCUGGAUGCACAUGUCGAGUUUCUUGACGCGCGCCGGGUGCAUGAGCAUGUGGAAGAGCAGGGCGCAGGAGGUGUUGGAGGUGGUGUCGGAGCCGGCGAUCAGCUGGGUGAGGGCCUCGGCGGUGAGUUCGGCGCGGCCGAGUUUCUCACCCUUCUCGUCUUUGCCUUCCAUGAGGCGGGCGAGGAGGUCGACACGGUUGAUCUCGCCUCUCUCGGCGGCCUCGAGGCGCAUGUUGACACGGGCAAUGGCGAUACCGGCGAGGUUCUGGACGGCUUCAAUGCCCUUGGUGAAGAAUGGGUCCAUGAGGUACUUGGCGUAUGGCUUGAUCCAGGGAAUGCAGCCAAUGGCGUUGGAGACCUCACCUCUGCGGUUGAGCACUUCAAUGGCUGGAGCAUAGGUUGGUGGAGCGUCGGGGGUUGCCCUGACUUCUGCGAGAUCCUUUCCAUUCUCGAGCAUACCGAAGGGAGCGCCGAACGCCAGAUCUCCAAUGAUGUCGAACGCAACGUAGUUGAACCAGUUCAGGCUGUCCAUGCGGUAGAAUCCGCCGCCGGCCUGCUUGCUGAGCUUGUCCCAUUGUGUCGCCAGCAUCUCAAGGUUGUGGUGCAUGUAUUGUUCGAAUUGGCCGAUGCUCUUGGUGCUGAAUGUGUGAGAAAUGGUCUUGCGCUUGCGGACCACGCUGGAUGGAGACGAAGGCAUCGUAGUAGUCCCUGUUCCAUGAUGAUCAGCCUACGUCGUGAGUCUUUGGAAGAUAUAGACAUACGCUUUAAGGAAACCAGUUCCAUGGCCAUAGACUAUGGGGAUCGCAUCCGGGUCUGCGAUCGAGACCUGGUUCGGUUGGACGCGGACGAGUUUGCCGUACUUCGCGUGGGCAUUGUGGACAGUCAAAUAACGGCGGCAGCGGCGACACUCGUACAGGUACCAGAGGUUGGUGAACUUGGCGAAGAAUGGACCGGGGACAUCCUAGUAGGGACAGGAACAUGGUGGUCGUCCGGCCGUCCUAAACAGGAAGGCGCCCUGGAGAGUGAAGUGAAUUGGUAUUUUGGUUCUUGGGAGAGAGCACCGCUGACGACGUUCGGGGGUGCUCCCGUCGUGUUCACCCCACUCUGCAGACACCGGGCACCCAUGAACUUGACAUGUCCAAGGCCGAUCAGGGCCGUCUCAAAGCGUGCCACCCCGUUGAUGUUUCCGAAACUCGGUGGCCGUAUAAGAGCAGCCGUGUCUGCUACCGAACCUCAAGUAGCGGAGCUCUUCCAUUGA